AUGGUACCAGAAUUGACCAUCGAUUCCCGGCAUCGGUUUGCUGGCACUGUGGAGGCUGCAAACAACAAUCUUCCCCCUUUGGCUCAGAUCAGGCACUUCAAAGCUGGGCUGCAAUGGGAGAUCACUACUUUUGUCACGCCCAUCCUCCAGUACUCAGCUGCCAGGAACAUCAUUCCUGUCAUUCCCAGCCCUAUUGCUCAUAUUCUUCAUUUGAUUCCAGGUCACACCUGGAACUACGAGAUCCAUCCCAGAUCAUAUCCGGCUAUGAUACCCCAUGGUGGAUGGGAGAAACUGCAAUCCCGAACAAACCAUGGCAAUGCUGAUCGGGUGAUGACUUGCUGUAUCUUUCACUACCAGCAUUGGCUAGAUGGCAUUGAGAAUGAUGGUCUGACAAUUCUGGAGCAGGUGGAUCAUACCUCAGUUCCAUCACUGAUGGGACUGAGGUGGAUUAAAGAACACCUCCUGACAUUACUUGAGGAGCAACGUGAGGGCAUCCGUGACAAGAUGGCAGAGAUACAGAUCUACACUGCCAUUCUAGACAGAUUGAAGAGAGGCAGAGGAGAGUAG